UCAAUAUUAAUGAUUUUGAUUUAGAUAAAAACAAUAUUGUUAUUGAUCAAAAUCAUUAUUAAUUUAAUUAAAUAUUCCAAUAUGUUUGUGUUAUAAUGCAAAAAUGUGACGCCAAAAGGCUCAAGAGAAAACUUGCAACCUACUUAACAAUAAUAAUCUUCAUAAUUAUUAUCAAAAAGUAUGUAUGUAUGUAUAGACUACAGGGUUUUAUUGUUGUAGUCCUAGGGUACCCAGCUGGUACAUAGGCCCCUCACAAGUUGUCUCCACUUGACCCUGCCUUGCGCCAGCUCCUUACGAUAACUCCAGGUCAUGCCGGCAGUUCUCAUCUUGCUCUCAACGGUGUGUCGCCAAUGUGUACACAAAUGUGCCACCAGAUCUUCACCUACUACGCAGUGGCCCCUCAAACGCGAUCGAUGCUGCAUUGAUUCUGCUGCUCUGUAGUGUGUCCUAUCCAACGCUAUUUCCAGUUGGCAAUGUCUUGCACGAUGGGGACCUGGUCACAUUCAGUCCAGAGAUCUUCAUUAGAGAUAGUGUUUGGCCAAAAUAUGCGGAAUAUCGACCUCAAGGUCUUAUUUACAAACAAAAUUAAUAAGGGUACAUUAUUAAAAUUACAGCUUUUACUGUUCCAGUUUUAAGCUUUAAAAAUCUAACAACAAGAUGAAAACUCCCAUAACAGUACUGCAAGAAAUGAUGAUGAAACUUGGACAGAUUCCAGAGUAUGAAUGUGUUGCUCAGUCAGGGCCCCAACACCAGGCCACAUUUGAGUUCCGCUGUAAGGCUUUAGGUGAGUCUGUCUCUGCUUCUGCACGAUCAAAGAGGGAAGCAAAGCAGGAAGCAGCCCGUGCCAUGCUGUUGUGUCUUUCUACAAUAGGUCACCGUGUGCCCCCACCAUUUGCUACUGAAUUUACACAACCCUCUCAUAGUAACCAAUCGACUGGCGAGUGCUCCGAGGGCAAAGCGCCCACAGUGGACAGUCGCAGCUAUGUGGCGCUGCUGAAGGAGCUGUGCGAGGAGUACAAGCUGCCGGGCGUGGAGUACGCGCUGGUGGCGGACACGGGGCCCGCGCACAUGCGCCUGUUCAGCGUGCGCGCCAGCAUCGGCCUGCACUCGCGCGACGCCAGCGGCACCACCAAGCGACAGGCGCGACAAAAAGCCGCAGCCGACCUCUACUUGUUCCUGCGUGAAAACCUCUCGCGUCUCACUCAUGAUUUCGUUGAGGAACAAGCGCUGGUGCGAGCCCACGAGCGCGCCAUGGAGCGGUUGGUGGAGACCACUCCCGCGCCCUGGAAGCCGGACCUCGGCCAGCGCGUCUCCGAGUACCAUUACGGCCUCAUCUCGCACACGGAUCCCGAAAAACGCAUGGCGGCUCGAGCCGUGCUAUCCGAGACCGACGACAUAGAGGAGGCGGCUGAGCGCGCGGCCGCGGCGCUGGAGCUGCAGACGUGCUGGGAGACCCUCGACCCGCUCCACGUGCUGAAGCUAGAUGCGGCGCCGGCUCUGGCCUUCAGCGGACACUCGCGCGCGGACGCGGCCCGGGCGGCUCUGCGGUACCUGCGCCGAGCCCUGCGCGACGUCUCCCCUCCGCCGCCCGCCGCUCUGUGACCGCACUGUGACCGCGCUGUGACCACACUGAGCGUUUCGUAAAGUCGUUCACACAUCUAAGCAUUUAAAAAAAUGGUUUUGCAAAACAGACGAGACAGCAAAUAAAAUUAAAGUUAAUAAUGAAAAAAGGAGUCCUAUUUUAU